CCUCGUCGAUUUUUUGGUCUCUUCCUCUUGUCAAUAUCAAGUUCAUCAAAGUAAUUUUUUAUCUCUGAGCUUUUGUUAAAAGGGAUUUAAACAUUUUUUACAUUUAUUUAACUAGCUUUAUUAGCAUGGCUAGUCAGAAAAAGUAUAGAAGAAAAAGUAUACAAAGAAGUGAUCCUGGCAAAAUUUUAGAUUUAAUAAUGAGUCUCGGCGACGAAUUUUGCUAUCAAUUACAAGUGAAAAUAAAUACUUACCUCUGUGAAGAAUGUGAAGCUGAAUUGGUGCUUCAGAUUAUAGUUAACGGAGAACGUAUGGAGGCAUCUAUAGAAGCUGUGGGCACUGCUACGCUACCGAGAAAAAUUAAAAUCAAUAUGUCACCGAAACUGUGCGAAACACUCAAAACAACUAUGGAACAGUCGGAUCUUCUUACGAAUUUUGAACCUGAUUUUCAAGCUAUUGUUAUGCCUUUUGUGUCAAAAGAUAAUAUGAAGAAACGCAUAGUCAUGUUCCCAGUGAUGGACAAGCCAUUUGCAGUGAUAGUUUGUGUUGUCGCGCCGAAGAUCCUUGAGGAACAUGUUCCUGUUGUGAUACACGAGUGUUUUCUAUUUUCAUGGCCCACCCUGAAGAAAGCCAUAUGUUUUGAAUACGAAUGCACCUUGAAACAGAAAUGUCAACAGCUUUUGCGAGUCGCGCGGAGACUGUUUACUCAGGUAGCAUCUUUAGAGACUCUCCUGCAAAUAGCGAUGGAUCAAGCGAAGCAACUCACCAGAGCGGAGCACUGCUCAGUGUUGUUGGUCGACGUCGAGAAAAUGGAAUUGGUUGAUUCUUCAUCGGCGUUUAGAGAGGACAAGGAGACUGAACGACGCUUUCCGAUUAACUUGGGUAUAGCCGGUCAAGUGAUUAAGACUGGCACUCUCAUCAACGCUAAGAAGCCUAAAGAUCAUCCCCAAUUUGACUCGAGCAUCGAUGGCUUGCCCGGCGUCGAUAGCAAAACCAUCCUCUGCUUCCCAAUUAGGGAACAAACAGGCAUCAUAGGGGUGGGCCAGCUAAUCAACAAGGUAGGAGAUCCGUACUUUGACGGAAUGGACGAAGAAAUGGCGCUCGCCUUCAGCAUCUAUUGUGGCGUGUGCAUUAUACAUUCGGUUGUGUAUCAGAAGAUACAAGAAGCUCAUAUCAGAAACACUCUUGCCAAUGAGCUAGUCAUGUAUCAUAUGAAGGUGGGUGACGCAGAAGUGGUUCGAAUGUUGGAGUGUUCAGGGUUCCAUAACCACCCUCACGUGACCAGUCUGCACUUCAACCCGAGGGCUCUGCCAUUGCGAGAGUUGCCUUGUUAUGUGAUGAAGAUGUUCUAUGAUUUAGGGUUUGAAACAAAAUACAAAAUUAAACAACAAAAAUUAGCCCGUUUCAUCCUGUAUGUGAAGAAGGGCUACCGCGACGUUCCGUACCACAACUGGAUGCAUGCGUUUAACGUGGCGCAGUGGGCGUACGCAGCGCUCACCAACUACAAACUCAUACAGCAGGGAUAUUUCAAUGAAUUGCAAGGUUUCAUGUAUUUAGUGGCGGGGUUGAUGCACGACUUGGAUCACCGCGGAACAACCAACAGCUUCCACAUUCAUGGACAAACGACCCUAGCCGCGUUAUACUCCAGUGAAGGCAGUGUAAUGGAGCGUCAUCACCUCGCGCAAGCUAUGUGCAUUCUUAACACGGAGGGGUGCGACAUUCUGGAGGCAUUGCCGCGGAGGGAAUAUGAUCGGGCCAUCAUGCUCCUCAGGGAUUACAUUCUGGCUUCCGAUCUGGCUAAUUAUUUCAAGAACCUGAACGAGUUUAAAUCAAUAUCUCAAGAUUACCAGAAAGGCAAUCGGAUGCAUAGCGCGUGUCUUCAGGCGCUGCUCAUGAACGCCGCAGACCUCAGCGAUCAGCUCAAAGACUGGAACAGCGUCAAGAAGACCGCGGCUGCAGUAUUAACGGAGUUCUUCAAGCAAGGCGACGUGGAGAAGAGUCGCGACCUUCCACCUCUCAUGAUGGACCGGGACAAGUGCUUCAUACCAGAACUCGAAAUCCAGUUCCUGCAGAUGACCUGCGUGCCGCUUUUUGAUAAUUUGGGAAGGAUAAUUCCAAAGGCAACGGCGUGUGUGAAGAUCAUAGAGAAUCACAUCGAGAGAUGGGACGCUGCUAAGCCAGUUUUUGCGGAAGUGCCGGCGACUGCAGGGCUAGCCGUUUUACUGAGUCCAGAGUUAGAUAACCUCAUAGAGUUAAACCUCAAGGAGAAAGAACGUUUGCGAGUAGAGGGAGAAGUUGGCGAGGAAGCAACUUAGAAUAUAAUAAUGAAGUUAGUAAACAAUUAUUUAAAUUUCGAAAAGUGUUAAAUUAUG